GGGAACUCCAGCUGUGGCUGCUGUUGCCUUGGUAACAGUGGGAAGGAGCUAUUUAAAAACAUGGCUGAGAUAUUGCUGGAAGCCCAGACUGCCGGAAACCUGAUUUCUGAGAGGCCAAGGCAGGGAGGAGGAGGGAGAGGAGACAUCCCGGCCAUUUCCAGAGCGGCGCUGCGAGGUGGCUGCUUCCGGGCCCUGGGCUUCUUCCUAUGAGCUGCUCUGGGUUUCCCCGUCUCCCCGGUGUUUCCUUGGGAGCCCUGGCUGUGGCCGGGGGGCAGUGGACCAUGCCCGGGGCAGUGGACGGCCCUAGCUGGAAGCAGGCAGAGGACAUCAGGGACAUUUACGACUUCCGAGAUGUUCUGGGCACGGGGGCCUUUUCCGAGGUGAUCCUUGCGGAAGAUAAGAGGACUCAGAAGCUGGUGGCCAUCAAGUGCAUCGCCAAGAAGGCCCUGGAAGGCAAAGAGGGCAGCAUGGAGAACGAGAUCGCCGUCCUGCACAAGAUCAAGCACCCCAACAUUGUAGCCCUGGACGACAUCUAUGAGAGUAGGGGCCACCUCUACCUCAUCAUGCAGCUGGUGUCAGGCGGGGAGCUGUUUGACCGAAUCGUGGAGAAGGGGUUCUACACGGAGCGGGAUGCCAGCCGGCUCAUCUUCCAGGUGCUGGACGCGGUCAAGUACCUGCACGACCUGGGCAUUGUCCACCGAGACCUCAAGCCAGAGAACCUCCUCUACUACAGCCUGGACGAGGACUCGAAGAUCAUGAUCUCCGACUUCGGCCUCUCCAAGAUGGAGGAUCCAGGCAGCGUGCUCUCCACGGCCUGCGGGACCCCCGGAUACGUGGCCCCUGAGGUCCUGGCCCAGAAGCCCUACAGCAAGGCGGUGGACUGCUGGUCCAUCGGAGUCAUAGCCUACAUCCUGCUCUGCGGCUACCCCCCCUUCUAUGACGAGAACGACGCCAAACUCUUCGAACAGAUCCUGAAGGCCGAGUACGAGUUUGACUCUCCUUACUGGGAUGACAUCUCCGACUCUGCCAAAGAUUUCAUCCGGCACUUGAUGGAGAAGGACCCGGAGAAGAGGUUCACCUGUGAGCAGGCCUUGCAGCACCCGUGGAUUGCGGGAGACACGGCCCUGGAUAAGAAUAUCCACCAGUCCGUGAGCGAGCAGAUCAAGAAGAACUUUGCCAAGAGCAAGUGGAAGCAAGCGUUCAACGCCACGGCCGUGGUGCGGCACAUGCGGAGGCUGCAGCUGGGCACGAGCCAGGAGGGGCUGGGCCACCCGGCCAGCCACGGGGAGCUGCUCACCCCCACCGCCGCAGGCCCCGUGGCUGGCUGCUGCUGUCGAGACUGCUGUGUGGACCCCAGCCAGGAAGUGCCCCCCACGCUGCCCCCCCAGCUCUAGGGUGGAAGGCAGCCCGCCCCCCCCCCCAUCCCGGGCCCAUCCCGCCGAACCCCCCCCCUUCCCCCUCACUGCAUUUUCCAUACAAAUGUUUCUAUUUUAUUGUUCCUUCUUGUAAUAAAGGUAAGAAGAUAAAACCA